AUAACCAGUACAAGCUGUAUGUUGUGCAAGUGUUAAUCAAGAUACUUCCUCCUUUGUCGUGGACGGUAUGGCGAUGUGUGUGUUGCUGCAGCUCAGCGUGUUGGUGGUGGCGACAUCAGCAGGACACGUCACAUACAACAACAGACCAGUGAUAGGUGUCCUCGCCCAGGCCACAGCCAGCAAGACACAUGGCGACACCUAUAUCCCGGCCAACUAUGUCAAGUACCUGGAGCAGGCCGGGGCCAGGGUAGUGCCAGUCAGAGUGAGGGAACCAGGCUCCUACUACGCCAAGCUCUUCUCGCAGAUCAACGGAGUGUUGUUCCCCGGGGGUAGUGUCGGCAUUGUGAGCAGCGACUACGCCAAGGCGGCCAGGAUCAUCUACGACAUGGCGGUGAAGGCUAACGACGCCGGGGAUCACUUCCCCCUGUGGGGCACCUGUCAGGGCUUCCAACUCCUCACCAACCUGACGGCCCGGCACAACCUCCUGCAGCCCACUGAUGCUGAGAACAUAAGCCUACCUCUCGACCUUACCCCGGAUGCCAAGUCCAGCAGGCUGUUGAGUCGACUGUCACAGAAGACGUUUCACAUACUGACCACUGAGAACGUCACCCCCAACUUCCACCACUACGGAUUGUUGCUGGAGACGUACAGCCAGACCAAGUCGCUCACCUCCUUCUACAGACUCAUCUCCACAAACAGAGGCCGGAAGGGGAAGGUGUUUGCGUCCACCAUAGAAGCCUUCAAGUACCCGUUCUAUGGCACCCAGUGGCACCCCGAGGUGAUCAACUUCGACUGGAACCCCAAGCAAGCGCUGGACCAUACCAGCAAUGGAGUCCUCAUCUCACACUACUUUUCCUCCUUCUUCAUCGGCGAAGCUCGUCUAAGUGGUCACACGUUUCCCAACGUUCAAGACGCUGCAGACGCCGUCAUCGAGAACUUCUACAUGAACUACCAAGAUGACGGCACAUUUGACCAGACCUAUUAUUUCAACUACACCAAAACGUCCACACAAUAAGUCUGAUGAAGCGUAUAAUAUUGACGACCCAUACAACCUCGAACCAACAUCUCAAAUGUCCUGCCAAAGGGAAGAAUACCGAGUAGACCCAUAGUACCAUGUGCGUGUGUGUCCACGUUCCUCGAAGGAUCAUCGCCCAUGCUGUCAACCACUUGUUGGUCUGUCCAGGCUCACUGGCUACCGUGACAGCUGUAAUGCGGCUGUAACGUUACUGGCUGCAUUAACAAUAAUAGAAAAAAAUAAAAAAAUAAUAGAUGAUUCAUCCAGAUACAACAUAUGUUUUAAUGAUCUGGUUUCAAAUUCACUGUGACAGGAGGUUAGUAAUGAGAUUAUUAUCAUGCAUAAGCCAUUUUGCAUAAGAAGGAUAAAUGGAUGCACGCAAGUAAUAGUUUGGCAGUGUUUUAAUGUGAUAUAGUUUAAAUGUUGGUGAAUAAUGAAUGAUAGUCACUAUGCACACAUUCCAUGAAGCUGUCUGUUUUCUUGUGAUCUGGUUUACAAGACAAUAAAUACAUGCUCUUA